CAUUGAAUUUUUAACCUCGUGGGGCAUUUCGUAGCAUCGCCGCAUCAUUACUGGAAAGUUGAAAAAGCGAAGUUACCCAACACAACACGGUACAUCAUAUGAUGACAGUUUAUGCGGGUGAUAUAAGUUAUUUGAGGCUGGGCUUGAUUAACCACAAUGCAUAUAUAUGGCUGUCCUUUCGGUUCGCAUAAGACUGGAUUUUGGAAUUGUUAUAGAGAGAGAGAAAGUUGCUGCUGGAUGCUUACUUGUAAACUAGAGCAGACCAAGCUGUUUUUUUGAUUUGGAUGCUCGAUUUCAAUACAAGAUUGGUGACCGAUAAGUGGUUUUUCCAGUUUAGAUUGGUUUAGUGGGUUAGCUGCUACAUUCUUCGCAUCAUGCCAGUUGUUCAAAAACUGUAUGAUGCCUGCAAAGAGUCUUUCUCGGCUACUGGUCCCGUAUCAGAAGAAGCUCUUGAAAAAGUCCGUGCUCUUCUAGAUCAAAUGAAGCCUUCUAAUGUGGGUCUCGAACAGGAGGCACAAUUGGCUCGUCAAUGGAAGGGUUCCGUAAAUGGCACCAAUGGACGAAAAGGACGCAAUGGGAGUCUUCAGUACCCACCUCCUAUCAAAUAUUUGCAUUUGCAUGAGUGUGACAGAUUCUCUAUAGGGAUCUUUUGUAUGCCACCUUCCUCCAUCAUACCACUUCAUAAUCAUCCUGGAAUGAUUGUGUUGAGCAAGCUUCUUUAUGGCUCGUUACUUGUAAAGUCAUAUGAUUGGCUUGAUCUACCUGGGCUUAAUGAUCCAUCACAAGCAAGACCUGCAAGACUCGUUAGAGAUUGUGAAAUGACUGCACCUUGUGGUACAACAGUUUUAUAUCCAUCCAGUGGUGGCAACAUUCAUUGUUUCAAAGCCAUGACACCCUGUGCUCUGUUUGACGUUCUUUCACCACCUUAUUCCUCAGAAGAUGGACGACACUGCUCUUAUUUCCGUCGAACCCUUAAGCGAGAACUGCCUGAAGGAACAGAAGAAUUGUGUGGCAUUGAACCCUCCGAAAUUGCUUGGUUAGAAGAAACUCAACCUCCAGAAAACUUUGUAGUACGGAGGGGUCUGUACAAAGGCCCUACUAUUAGACGUUAAAAGGUUUCUCAAUUUUUUUUUGUCAGGAUGUACAAUACCAUUAAUCAGAUUAGAUGAAACAAUGGAGAACCAGGGAAUUGAUUGCUGAAAAAGUUAGUUGUCAACUAACAUGGACAGUAACAAUCAGUUGGCAUUAUCAAGGCAUUUUCUGUACAUAUUUUAUGUAUUUGCACUGAUAAAUGGCAAAUGGAAACAAGAAGAGAAUGCAUGUGCUCCUGAGGCCCUUGCCUUUCCAAGCAUAGAACUCUUACUGCAAGGUUUAUGCUUGCUGGAUUAUUGCAAUGUUUGUGGAAACUUGGUGCCAACAUUUCUGUGAUAAGAUCUGUAUGUAAUGAUUUAUUGAAUAUC